ACUUACCAAAUUAAUUUAGCUCUCUAAAAAUAUCAGAAAUGGUGAACUUGAAAAUGAUGGUCGAUUAUUCUCCAAGAGUUUUAUUGUUAGAGCUACUUGUGCUACAAGUGUGGAUACAUGAUUGUACAAGCAGUCAGAUAGACAAACUAACUGAAAAAUUAUUUAACGGAUACAACCCCAAGGCUCGCCCAGUUUUACGUGACGGUGACGUAGUAAACGUUACCUUUGACUUAGCGUUACGUCAUGUCAUGAAGGUGAACGAAAAGAGCGAAGUUCUAACAACCAAUGUCUGGGUCAAACAGUACUGGAACGACCCACGUCUAGUUUGGAACAAGACUGAGUACAGCGGUCUCGAUAGCAUUAUACUAGAACAAAACAGGCUAUGGCUACCCGAAAUAUAUCUCCUAAACAGCGCAACUGCAAAUAUGGAAGCGAACGGAGAGGGAUCGGACUUAGUGGUCCAGCACAAUGGAAAUAUAUCUUGGCUCAAUCCUGCUGUCAUACAAAGCUCAUGCACUAUCGACAUCGUACAUUUCCCUUUUGACGAUCAGGUGUGUGAAAUAAGGUUUGGUUCGUGGUCUUUUACUACAUCGUAUGUGGAUUUCAUCGCUGCUGGGGAUUCUGCGGAUCUUUCACACUAUGAAGAAAAUGGAGAAUGGAUUCUACUAAGUUCUAAACCGGUGCGUCUAGUGAAACAAUACGACUGCUGUGAUGGUUGGUACCCAGAAGUCGCCUACAAGAUACAUCUUCGCCGACGCACCCUCUAUUACAUUAUGAACUUCAUUCUUCCUUGUAUACUUAUUGCCGUCCUAACACUCCUCGUUUUUCUUCUGCCGCCGGAGUCUGGAGAAAGAAUGUCUUUUGGGGUGACGGUUUUGCUCUCUUUCACAAUAUUAAUACUCAUGCUUAUGGAUAAGCUUCCCCCAACAUCCAAUGCCAUUCCCUUACUUGGAGUCUACUACGCAUGCACUAUCAUAGAAGUAUCGCUGGCCAUGUUUGUAGCGUGUUUGUUGAUGAGAAUAUACUAUCCUGAAAAUUCCUCAGCGACUCUACCAAUUUGGGCAAAGGUAUUCAUUUUGAACUACUGCGCAAGGAUCGUUGGGCUCAAAGAAGCCGCUGAUCGUAUGAAACAAGGGCUUGUCAUUCAAGGCUUGCAACAAGCAAAACUGCGCGACAACCUAGAUGACAGUACCCCUACCACGAACAAGAUCAACAUCGUGACGGAUAGUAUUCUAAGAAAAGAGGACGCUGAAGGAAUUCAAGAAGAAUGGAGAAUUUCAUCCGUCAUACUCAAUCGCGUCUUCGCAUUAAUAUACCUUGCUACGAUCAUUGUUACGCUCUUAGCUGUGAUGUUACAAGCACCUAGAUUCACAGACUGAAAUUCAUAAAGGAUUUCCCAUUCA